UGCUGGACGUAGUGUCAUUCACUGAUCACACGCAGGGGUUGCAUUUAAGCCUGGGAGGUUUGGAGGGAAGAGGCAGAUGCUGAUGCAGGUUUAAGGCAGAAAAAAAAAAAAUAACAAACCCAAACUAACAUCAUGAGUAUGAACUACGCGUCUGCGGCGCCCACGCAGAGGUCGACGUCGUUUUUCAUUGAGGACAUCUUAUUGCACAAACCCAAGCCGCUGAGAGAGGUCAUUCCCUCGCCGUUCUGCAGCUCCCUGGCCUCCCGGAUGCCCAUUUUGGAGUAUGGAUACCCACUGAUGCCAACCCCGAUACUGGCGCCGCAUCCGCACCAUCCUCUGCACAAACCAGAGCAUCACCAGUACUUCUUCACAUCUGGGAUGCAGAUGCCGGCCUUGUUCCAGCACCACGCGGAGUUACCGGGGAAACACUGCAGACGCAGGAAGGCCCGGACGGUUUUCUCCGACUCGCAGCUGUCCGGCCUGGAGAAGAGGUUUGAAAUCCAGCGGUACCUGUCCACACCGGAGAGAGUGGAGCUGGCCACGGCGCUCAGCCUGUCCGAGACACAGGUGAAAACGUGGUUUCAGAACCGGCGGAUGAAGCACAAGAAGCAGCUGAGGAAAGCGCAGGACGAGCGGAAGACGCCCGGGGAGCUGGACCGAUCCGCGGAGAACUCCAGCGAGAGCGAACUGAACGACAAGAGCGCGGAGGAGCUGAAACACGGACUGGAGCCGGACUCGUACAUGCUGGAGGAAAACGACGACGACGUGGACAUCGAGGAUGACAUUUGUUCACCGGAUCAUCUACUAUAGUAGGCUGCAGAGUUGUUUCAUACGCAGCGACUUUCACACUGUAAAUGUACUGUAGAUAAUACACACAGGUUGCUGUUUUAAAAA